AUGAGUGAAAAUGAAAAAACAGACAAUCACAGUAUGGAUAGCGAUCAAGAACCUCAGAUUCCUGAGUCGAAAAAGAAUGAAUUUAGCGAUCAUCCAGAACUUUUUGCGAAUAUUUCUAGGCCCGUUGACGAAGCUGAGAGGGCCGUAGCUGUUCUUAAAUGGUUUGUGAGCACGUUAUAUGGCGAACAAUUCUUGGCUAGAUGGAAAGACGUUAAUGGUUGUGGAGAGACUAUCUUGUUUUCAGAACAAGUUAGUCAUCACCCACCAGUUUCUGCAAUAUAUCUUGAAAAUAAGCAUUCAGGAGUGACAGCAAAUGGUCAUAGUAUGGCUACGGCUGCGCGUAUUGACGUCACACAAGUUGGUCACAUUAUCGUUCGUCUACAAGAUUAUUCUGACAAAUAUUUGAUAAUGUUGCCGUCCCUGCAAAUUCUUGGUUUGUGGAGAGGUGCUCCUUACAAUUUCAACACUGUUAUCGAAUUUACUGGGAAAGGUUGGAUUUCUGGAGAGAAACACACGUUUUCUAGCGUGGUACGCCGUAAUGGUUCGAAGGAUCCUUUGUUUACUGCUUCUGGAACUUGGUCCGGGAAAUCCACUUUAGUGAACCACAUGACCAAUGAAAAAUCCGUUUUCCUUGAUGUGGGAGCCAAACAUAGAGCCACUCCUAUUAUAGAACCAAUAGAGAAGCAAAAUGAUUUAGAGAGCAUAAAGCUAUGGCAACAUGUUUCAAAAGCAAUAAAUGAGGGUGAUUUUUCAACAGCUUCUAAACUAAAGGGUGAAAUUGAACAACGCCAACGCGACAAAGUUAAACGUGGAGAAGCAACUAAUCUACAAUAUUUCGAUUGGAUGGAGGAAGAUGAAGAGUUUUUAUCUCUUUUUAACCUGAUUGGUAGUAAACUAAAUUUAGAAAAUAAAUAUAAAGAAAGGGGAA